UUAGACGCUCCCUUAAACGCAGCCACGUUUCCAAUCAUUCAUCGUCCGUGAAAAAGCCGUUUUUGACUCAGUAUACUCGGCUGUAGUUGUUUGUCUGUCUUCUCUGCAGUAGAUCAUACAUGUUAUGUCUAAUAGACGAUAAACUGAACAGAUAAAGUUGACCAUCCUGUCCAGUUUAUCCAGUUUCGUUUUUCUCCUGGACUCCUGCUCUCUGUCUCGCGCCUCUUCCGGGAGUUUCCGGUGAGCUGGUGGGGUUCAAAGAUCUCUGCACCUCCGGAUCUACAAACUCAUUAAAGCUCAUUAACCUGAACACUAGUGUCUGAAACAGAGCUGAUUAAGGCUCUCAGUGGUCUCAGUGAUCAGUGAGCAGGUGGACUCUGGAUCUGUAGAUCAUCCUGAAGCUCUUAUUCAGCUACGCCUCAGUGGCUCCACACGAAGUGAUGCUUCUUCUGUUGCUGAUAUUUGAUCUUCUCAGCUGUUCAAAUGCAGAUACCUUCUCUUUGGUGGUUCCUGAUGACAUUAUAUCAGGACAUUUAGGAUCUUCUGUUGUUCUGCCAUGUGAACUUUCUACUAUGUUGGACAUUAGGAGCUAUGAAGUACGCUGGUAUCGACCCAGUAAAUUCGACAACCCAGUUCUGCUGUACGGAGAGGUCCAGGAGAACACUGGAGAUCCUCAGUACAGAGGCAGAGCGUCUCUGAUUGGAGACCUGCAGAAAGGGAACGUCUCUCUGAAACUGGAGAACCUCACAGUAGCAGACAGAGGAGAAUAUAUGUGCUAUGUUAAAAGUUAUAAAUGGUAUGAAAAGGCGAGCAUAUUUCUCAGCCUUCCAGUGGUUGGAUCUCCUCUUCUUCUCUCCUUUGCUGGAGCUGGAGAACAGGUGAAUGUGACCUGUGCAUCAGGUGGAUGGUCACCUAAGCCCACCCUCACCUGGAGAGACAAAGGAGGAAGAGAACUCACAGACAGUGUUAAUUAUGACUACACAGACUCUGAAAGGUUGGUCAGUGUGAGCUCUUGGCUGCUUCUCUCUCCCUCUGAGUCAGAGUGGAUCUCCUGUUCUGUGGGUUUAUCUGAUCAGGAGAUGAGAGAGAGCAGAGUUCUACCACUCAAAUCUGUUCAUCAAUCAGCCACAAAAACUGAUUCAACAACAGAACCAGGAGUUUCUCCAGGAUGGAAAGUUGCAACCAUAUUACUGCUUAUCAGUCUGUUGGUUCUCACUGUAAUGACAAUCAUCUUCCUCAAGUUUAGAGGUCACAUUUUCAAGAAAGGCACAAAGUCCACACCAGCAGAAGAGGAAGCAUGUCGUCUUGUUGGACCAGAAACAGCCAACAAAGAAACAAAUACAGACACAGAAAUACAAGUAGAUCUCAGUCCUCCUUCAUGUCCAGUUUGUGCUGUGAGAGAAAUAAACAGAACUGAUGGAGCCACUCAGACCUCAGGAGAUCUCAAUCGUCUAGCAAGUCCAGUGAGAGAAAUGAACAUAACCAAUGAAACAACUCCAACCUCAGCAGAUCCAGAAACAGCUAAAACAGAAACAAGUCCAGAUAAAGAUAAACAAGAAGAGUUCAGUCCUCCAUCAUGUCCAGUUUGUGCUGGGAGAGAAAUAAACAGAGCUGAUGGAGCCACUCAGACCUCAGCAGAUUUCAACUCUACAUCAUGUCCAGUUUGUGCUGUGAGAGAAAUAAACAAAACAGAUAGAGCCACUCAGACCUCAGGAGAGUUUAAUCCUCCAUCAAGUCCAGUUUCUGCUGUGAAAGGAAUGAACAGAACUGAUGGAACCACUCAGACAGACUCAGGUCCAGAAACAGGUGACAAAGAAACAAAUAAGGAUAAAGAAGUACAAGCAGGUCCAGAAACAGAGAGCAAACAAAGAAGCAAGGAUGAAGAAAUGCGCGGUCCAGCAACAGCCAACAAAGGAACAAGUAAAGGUCAAGAGCUACAAGCCUCAGCAAAAAGUGGCAACAAAACAAUUACAGACCCAGAAAAACCAGACUGGGAAGAAAUAUUUGCACGCAAAGUGGCCAUCAAGCCUUAUUCAUCACCCACUGUCCUGGGUGUCCUGUUUAAAGAGAGAAUGUGUUCAGGACAGUAUUACUGGGAGGUGACUGGACUGACAGCAUUAGCAGCAACACCUACUGCAAGUUUAAAAAAGCCAAGUGAAUGUCCAACAUCUUGGCAUAUAGGGGUAACCAAUCAACAACCAGAGAUGAUAAAAGAAGUUGCUUUAACUCCACAGAACGGCUGCUGGGUUCUUCACUAUGAGAGAGAGAAAGGUUACUAUGUUAAUGAUCCCUCUCAGACUUCUGUUCUAGUGAGAGAUCGGUUCUCAAAGCUGGGAGUGUUUUUAGACUGUGAUAAACAAACACUGUCUUUUUACAACUGUGAUAAAAGCUCACAUCUCUACACUUUCUAUAAUGUACAUUCAACAACACCUCUGAUUCCAGUUAUACAUCCCGGACUCAAACCUCGAUAUACACUUGAAAUAUCUCAAAUGAAGUGUGUGAAAUGUGAUGAACUUUAUCCACAGCAUUAACAGACUAACUGAGUUCUGAUCCAAGAUCAGUUCCUGUAUCUGUACUGUUUAAUAACAUUGACAAGAAUUACAGUUGAAAAAUGUAAUUAUUCCUGCACUGAAAAUGUCACAUUUGUAACAACACGUGAACUAUGAAUUUUAUGAUUAAUGUUGUUUUUAAAUAUAAGUAAUGACUCCAGGUCAAACUUUUUUUUUUUAUUGUUUUUGAUAAACUGCGCAUUGUUAUGUUUGUUGUUAACGUCAUGCAAUGAAUGUAAAAAUGACAGUCCGGUUAUGUAUUAAUCAUAGCACUGUGUCCUUUUUUCAUUCCUCUCUCAACACAUCUAUGAUUAGAAGAAAUGACAGUAAA